AACACCUUGCAACUGUGUCAGCGUGCACUGCGCCCGGAGCGCAGGAGUCGCUAGUGCACGAUCGGGCAGGGUCAUCCCUGCCCUCCCCUAACUCGGACAACGCUGGGCUAAUUGUGCGCCGCCCCAUGGAUCUCUCGGUCGCGGCCGGCUGCAACAGAGCCUGGACGAGAAUCCAUAAUCGCUGCGCCACUCCGGAGCACCAUCACCGAAGUUUUUUGUCAAUGUUCCCAGUGGGCGCACAUUGAUUGAAUCAACGUGGUUUCCACUUUAUUUCAAUUAAAUUGUUGAACCAAUUUGGAAAGAUGUUGAAUUGACUGACGGCUGUGCCCAGUGUGUUAUUAUUGUCACACUGACUUUCCUAUGUUUACAACAUUUAACCAUGGAUCAUUUGGAUUUGGAGGUAAAGUGUCAAUUUAUGCUUUGUAUUGCAGAGCACUGACGGCUAGGGUUCGAUGCCAGUCGAUUACUCGAGCAGGACGAUUCUCUCUCUCUCGUGACGUAAAAUCUGGCUAUAAUAAUCUGCACUGUACUUGGAACGGAGGACUCUCAGGCUCGCGCGCCCUCAUUGAUCACUAAAUUCAACAGUAGCAAAGGAGCGAGGUACACAAGAACUGAAGAUGGGAUUUAGAUCACAAAGACAAAAGAUAGCCAACUUUUACAGUCGCCUGGCCAUUGAAUCAAAAAAUAUAAAUUGUAUACUAUAUUGAACAAAAACAUAAUAUUGUAGGCUAAAUCUAAAAGUAUUUGGCAAGAAAUCUGCCAAAUAAAGAUAAAUGGUGAAUGCGCUCUUAAUGUAUGUCGGUCAGCGAUAAUAUAAUGAACAAUAAUUAAUCAUGUAUUUUAGUAAUUUCCUAGCAUUUGGGAACAGUGUGUGAAACACGUUACGCACCCACCCUGUGACAUUCGAGAUUUGUGAAUGAACGGUGAAACCCGCGCGUAACGGCGAUAGACACUCGGGACGAGCCUCGCUGCACACCCCGGGAUUGCCUUGCACCAUCGCCACGCAGUUGAGAUAUCACCUCCUCCAAUCUUCAGUAGACUUGAUGGGACACAGUAUCACCACAAGUAUGUUGUGAGCUUGCACUUGUAAGAACGUUAUUUGAAAAACACUUUUUUUCCCCCAGUGAAACUCAAAGCUAGAGAAAACUACCGCCGCGCAGUAGUCUAGUGGAUGUGUUUUUGACGUAACAAAAUUGUACUGAUGGAAAGAGUAAUAUUUCACCGUGAUUAACGGCGUGGAUUAACGCGACAAGCUGUAGACUAGUCUAUUAAACGGAGGUCUGGACAUUAUGUGAAGGGCUGACAUGGGAGCGAGAGAUAGAGAGACACAUGGCCAGGUAAUGAUGGUAUGAGCUCCGCGCGCACUGCAUGCCCCAACUCUGCCAAACGUCUCCCGGCCUGAGUAAUAUGAGCGUUCGUGAACAUCAUCCAGGAUGUUUUCUGAUCUGGCUGGCCUCAACUACACCUACAACGUGAGCGACGACCCGUUCAGUUCCCUGGACCGGGAGUGGCGCGACGCGCCGAAAGAGACUCUGUCCAGGACUGGCUUCAUCGUGCUCUCUGUGUUCCUGGGCUUGAUCAUGACCUUCGGCUUCCUCAACAACUUCGUCGUACUGCUUCUCUUCUGCAAGUUUAAAACUCUGCGUACUCCGGUCAACAUGCUCCUACUCAACAUCAGCGUGAGCGACAUGCUGGUGUGCACGUUCGGCACCACGCUCAGCUUCACCUCCAGUAUCAAGGGAAAGUGGCUCCUGGGUCGCCACGGCUGCUUGUGGUAUGGCUUCAUCAACUCCUGCUUCGGUAUCGUGUCGUUGAUCUCCCUGGUGGUCCUUUCAUAUGACCGCUACAGUACCCUGACUGUGUACAACAAGCGUGGUCCUGACUACCGCAAGCCCCUGCUGGCCGUGGGGGGCUCCUGGCUGUACUCCCUGAUCUGGACGGUGCCCCCCCUGCUAGGCUGGAGUAGCUACGACCUGGAGGGGGCCGGCACCAGCUGCUCCGUGUCCUGGACCCUGAGGACGGCUCAGUCCCACGCCUACAUCAUCUGUCUGUUCGUCUUCUGCCUGGGCCUGCCCAUCGCCAUCAUGGUCUACUGCUACUGUCGGCUACUGUGGGCAGUCAAACAGGUGGGUAAGAUCCGUAAGACUGCGGCACGGCGGAGAGAGCACCACAUCCUGUUUAUGGUGCUGACCACAGUGGUGUGUUAUUUACUGUGCUGGAUGCCCUAUGGCGUGGUGGCCAUGAUGGCCACAUUCGGCCGGCCCGGCAUCAUCACCCCCGUGGCCGCCGUGGUACCCUCCCUCCUGGCCAAGAGUAGCACGGUCAUCAACCCCAUCAUCUACAUCCUCAUGAACAAACAGUUCUACAGGUGUUUCCUGAUCCUGUUCCGGUGUGAACGGCGCUCCACAGAGAACGGCCUCUCCUCCAUGCCCUCCAAGACCACCGUCAUCCAGCUCAACCGGCGUGUCUACAGCAACACGGUGGCGUGCACCGCCCGGGUCUCCACUGGUAUCCACAACCAUGGCUGCAGCACCCCGGCCACUGAGCGCAACAACCCUCCCGAGGUCACUUCCUGAGCAGGCACGCCGGGAUGACCAACGGGGAAGAGCAAAUGAUGACCGUUGGAUGAUGAUGAUACAGUAGCUAGCUAGCUGAGCGGUGUACUGUGCAAACCAAUAGACCAUCACAAUGUGAACGCUCUGAGCCCCAUGCAUAAACACCCUCGGGGGUCUCUCCUCUGCUCGUGCCCAGCCACUUCGAUUUGUUUACUGAUCGCUGUGUUUACCUGUGCAUGUGUGUGGAUGUGGGAGAGAAAUUGUCCAUGUGUGUGCAAGAGAAAGUAAGUUUAUGUGAGUGGAUGGGGCGGAGGGUGUAAUAUAGUGAGCAUGUGUCCUGCAUGCAUAAGAGGAAGUGUGUGUAUGUGUGUGCAUGUGUGUGUGUGUAUGAAUUCUGUGUGUGUGUAUGAAUUCUGUGUAUGUGUGUAUGAAAUUUGUGUCUGUGUGUGGCUAUGAAUUCUGUGUAUGAAUUCUGUGUGUGUAUGUAUGAAUUCUGUGUAUGUAUGAAUUCUGUACUGUAUGUGUGUGAAUUAUGUGUGUGUGAGUAUGAAUUGUGUGUGUGAAUUAUGAGUGUGUGUGUGUAUGGAUUCUCUGUGUGUGUGUAUGGAUUCUCUGUGUGUGUGUAUGGACUCUGUGUGUGUGUGUAUGAAUUAAUGUGUGUGUAUGAAUUAAUGUGUGUGUGUAUGGAUUCUCUGUGUGUGUGUAUGAAUUAAUGUGUGUGUAUGAAUUAAUGUGUGUGUACCAUUUGAUGUCACUCUGCUCUAUUGACAGUCUGCUUGUCUUGGUGUAAAUACCAUCGCUCAACACACUGGCAAACCACAAAACACACAGCACCAAGUGAAAAGGUGUAUCUCUAUCACCCCCACGACCCCACGCCUCAAACACACUCCGACCCCACGCCUCAAACACACACUCCGACCCCACGCCUCAAACACACACUCCGACCCCAUGCCUCGAACACACACUCCGACCCCAUGCCUCGAACACACACUCCGACCCCACGCCUCGACACACACUCCGACCCCACGCCUCGACACACACUCCGACCCCACGCCUCGAACACACACUCCGACCCCACGCCUCGAACACACACUCCGACCCCAUGCCUCGAACACACACUCCGACCCCACGCCUCGAAAACACAUUCCGACCACACGCCUCAAACACACACUCCGACCCCACGCCUCAAAACACACACUCCGACCCCACGCCUCAAAACACACACCCCCACGCCUCGAACACACACUCCGACCCCACGCCUCGAACACACAC